GUCCGAGUAAGUUUGCCGUACUACUUUCUAUUGAGACACCCUUCCGCAUACAGGUCUUUACGACGUCACAUAAGCUUCACUAAUAAUUUUCCAGAAUUAGUACCGAACGUACUGUGGGGUCGACACGUGAAGUCCAUCACUACUUUACUGGACUAAAACGUCAUUAUUUCGAUAUCUGUGCCCGCGCAAAGUAAUUUUGUUGCGCGUUAGAGCUUCGCGGCCUAGACUAGCUUAUUUUAGCUAAGAUGCUCGCUGCAAACAAAACGCAGCCCUUGUGCACAAGUCGCUCAGCAGAACGUGUUGUUAUUGUCGUAUGAAAAUGUGCGCAAAGCUAGUGAAAAAAGAAGCGUACGAGGAGGAAUUUAAUCUGUAAAAAGAAAUCGAUAGACAAAGCUGGGACACUGUUUUGAAGGGGACUCAUCCUGUCUUAGACGGAGCAGGCGUUUGCUGUCCUGGAACAUCAUUGCCUGUGCGACGUACGUCAGUAAAUGUCUUGAGCAGCAGUGGUGCCCCCAAAUCAAAGAGGAGUUGCCGAAUCUAUCUCACGGGAGAGCGGAAGGCAUGCCAGAGGGCCGCCACGUUAAAGAAGAAGAGCAGGAGGAUGAAAUCACAGAAUUUCCAUUGACUGGUGUUACUGUGAAGAGUGAAGGAGGUGAUGGAAUCCAGCGUGAAGGACCGCAAUCAAAUGGCCUCUUAGCUUCACCAACAGAAGGUGACGACGUCAUGGCGCACCCUUGUAAAGAUGAGGGACACUCGAAAGGUGGAAUGACUCAACACACAGAGAAGAAAUUCCUCAAAUGUUCCGACUGCGGCAAAAUGUUUUCCAACAAGUUCUCAUUGACGAGACACACCAAAACACACACUGGGGAGAAACCUUUUGUCUGCUCAGUUUGUGGCGAAAGGUUCUCAUUAAAGGCAGGUUUAACUACGCACACAAGGAGCAGGCACAAUGGGGAAAAGAGUUUUUCUUGCUUAGUUUGCACUAAGAGAUUCUUUUUGAAGAGUGGCUUGACAAGGCACACGAGAACGCACACUGGAGAAAAACCUUUCGCCUGCUUCCUUUGUGGUAAAAGGUUCUCCUUAAAGGCAAACUUAACAACUCACACAAGAAGCAGACACAAUGGAGAAAAACCCUUUGCUUGCUUAGUUUGUGGCAAAAGAUUCUUUUUGAAGACCGGUUUAGCGACGCACCUCAGGACACACACCGGGGAGAAACCGUUUGUAUGCGCAGUUUGUGGAAAAACAUUCAGCCAAAAUGGCGAUUUAAACAUACACACAAGAACACACACGGGAGAAAAACCUUUUACCUGCUCAGUUUGCGGGGAAAGUUUCUCUUUGAAGGCAAAUUUAUCAACACACACAAGAAGGCACAAUGGGGAAAAACCUUUUGCCUGCUCAAUUUGUGGCAAAACAUAUGUUGGCAGAGGAGAGUUACUUAUACACAUGAGAACACACACAAGAGAAAAGUCUUUUGCCUGCUCCGUUUGUGGUAAAAGAUUCUCCAAAAAGGCAAGUUUAACAAUGCACAUAAGGACGCACACUGGGGAGAAACCUUGCACCUGCGCAGUUUGCAACUCCAGUUUCAGUGCGCGGUCAAAUUUGACUCAACACAUGAAAACGCACACUGGGGAGAAGCCCUAUUCCUGCUUAGUUUGUGACAGAAGAUUCUCUCGAAGCUCAGCUUUAAGAAUGCACACAAGAAGACAUGCAGAAGAAAGAGAAAAGCGCACCGGUGGGAAGAGCAGCAGUCAAUAAAGCUGCGGAAGAAACGGAGGCUAUGUUGGAAUUGGGAAUCAUUGACUCGUGCUACCCCGCAGUCCCUAUAAAGCGGAUCCUCGGUCAACAAAUGAACGUGGUAAACGACCAAUUCAGUUCAUGCUCUGAAUUAUUAUUUUUUAUUCAUAAAAUGCCGCAUUGUACCCACUGUUUUUGGUUUUGUGAAAAUGUUUCUACUAGUGUUGUUUGGGUGGCUAAUUGUGUCACCGUUGAAAUAAAGGGACUCAUGUUCAAACGUGA